AUGAAAGCCCUUUUGUUGAAUUUCAAAGUCAAGGACACAGAAAGUGUCAAUUGGUCUAAAGCACUGGCUUCGUACCUUAAGAAAUCUUAUGGGUCUUCUGCCUGGAGCCAAUUCUUCGACGUCAAACAGGCCGAGAAUCUGGAUCGUUUGCGUAAUAACGCCAAUGGAAGUCUGGCACCUGAAGCCCUGGUUGAACAAAAUCUGCUGUACUAUGCUUUUUUGGAGCAGUUGUACUUGCGACUUGGCGCAAGCUCAAGGCAAUUCAAUAUAGACUAUACUUGGUACGAUGCCGCGUACACACCGACCAGUGGGUCCCAAAAAUAUACCCAGAGAACUGUUGCAUUUGAAAAAUCGAGUGUGCUGUACAAUUUGGCUGCGGUCAUGACCUUGGCAGCCAAGGAUCAAGUUGAAAGCGAUAUGAAAAGUGCGAUAGGCUUCAUGACGCGUGCAUAUGCGUGUUUCGAGUUCUUAAGCGAAAACUUCCUCAAUUCGCCAUCUGUCGACCUGCAGGCCGAUAAUACCAAAUUUCUAGCCAAUAUCUGCCACGCACAGGCCCAAGAGCUUUUUUUACUGAGGAUAAUCAACGGUCAGGAUACAGCAAAGCAUGCCUCUCUGAUAGCCAAAUUAGCAUCAAUGACGUCCUCACUAUACGAAAAAGCCAACAGUUUCUACGAAGCUUCAUCAACAACGCCUACAUCGGAAACCACAUAUGGAGAGACUAAGUGGAAAAGCAUCGUAUUGUGCAAAGCUCACUUCUACAAAAGUGUCUCGGCAUAUAACUACGGAAUCGCUCUCGAACAGCAGAACAAGUUCGGGGAAGCUAUAGCUUUUUUGAAGCUCGCCGAGGAUGCCAUUGUGUCUACCAUGGUCCACAAGCUAUAUGUCAAAGAAACCAUGGAUCUAGAGCCUUUGAAAACGUUGAUUAUGGCUAAGCACAAGAACUUGAUUAAAGACAAUGACUUUAUUUACCACGAUUCAGUACCGUCUGACGCAUCUAUGGAAAACAUAAAAAGUAUGGAUGCAGUAAAAGCACCGCCACUAGCCAAACUCCUGGAACCCUACAUGGAGAAAGUGGCUGAAUCUUCUGAUAUCCUAUUCAGGGGAAUUAUACCAUUAGAAGUAUACGAGAAGGAAAGCAUAUACUCAGAGCUCAAAGCCAAUCUUUUGCGGGAAGAAGUCGAAGGCGCAGAUACUGCCGAUUGGGAGUACAAAUCAUUUGUCGAAUUUACGACCCUACCAAAAAUACUGAGAGACCUUGAAAAUAGAUACACGAGCAGCGGCAAAACCCGCAAGGCAGAUAAUCCUCAGCUAGCCAUGAUGCGGGAACACUUGGAGUCCUGGUCUAGCUCUGUACUAAAGAGUCCUUAUCAAGAUGUAGAGUCACAGAUGCACUCUGUCGUUGAGCUCAGGAAACAAAUUUUGGUCUUGCUGGGAUCCAUCCCACAAGAACAACAGGAAAACGCGGUAAAGCUCAAGUCAUCUCUCGUCGCCGCGUCAAAUUCUGACCAGAAACUUUUUUCCUUUGUCCAGUCUCACAUGAAAGAGCUGCAACUAUUGAAAAACCCUGCCGCUUUGGAGAAAAAGUGGGCUGAAUUAACUGCAUUCCAGAAUGAACAGCCAGAUUUGCUGGACAUUGAUGACAACAAAAACGACGAAAUCAAGCAGAAGAUCAAGAACGUAGCAGACCAGCAUGAGGAUCUUAAGGUCUUGAAGGAUGAGCGGGCCAGCAUAGUUCUAGAUCUAAAGAAGGCGGUAAAUGACGAUGAUAUAACGAGAGUUAUUAUAAUGAACCGUGGUAUUACCGACAAUGAGCUGAAAAAGGUUUUUGACACAGAACUUGAGAAAUUCAAGCCCUUGAUAACCAGAAUAGAGGCAACCAUCUUUAAACAACGAAAUCUGAUCAACACUAUUAAGAUUGGCUUAGAUGGGAUUUUUAAAUUGACUGGCGUAGAUGAAGAAUCGUCCAAGAAAGAUCCGAAUCUGGCUAGAAGAAAUGAGCUGUACAAUGGGCUCAAUCAAGCGUUCGCAAACUUUUCUGUUUUCGCGAACGACUUGCCAAAGGGACUCAGCUUUUACGAGUCUUUGCUCAAGAUGGCCCAGAACCUACAGUCUUUCGACAACAACAGAAAAGAAAUCACUCACACCACGGCUCCAGCAUUGCCCGAUCAGCUCAGUCAAAACUUUCAGCAACUAAAGAUCGCAUCUAAUACAAAUUGGAGGGAAGGGAAUGCAGCUGAGAAUUUGCCCGCUAUCCCUCCUCAAGCGUAUGGCGUCCAAGAUCGGUCUCCCUUGUCCCCUCCAGUGCCCCCCAAGCAGCCACCUUCUGGAAUAAGUGGCCUGUCAGGUUUACAAAACCCAGCGAGUCAGAUGGAACAAAACCCAACGUCUUUCUAUAACAAUCCGUCAGUAUUUGACGAAAGCCUGUACUCCAGAUUUAGCGGAUAG